AUGUGUGGAAUCUUCUGCUGUUACAACCGCCAAGGCGACCUGGCCUCGUUCAGACCGAGAGCCAUUGCGCUCUCAAAAUUACAACGACACAGAGGUCCAGAUUGGUCAGGAUGUUAUGUGAGCCAGGACACGGUCAUGGUUCACGAGCGAUUGGCCAUCGUUGGUGUUGACACUGGAGCGCAACCAUUGGUCAACGACGACGGGUCGGUCGUUCUCGCUGUCAACGGAGAGAUCUACAACCAUCUCGCUCUGAGAAAAGGGCUCAAACAUUCUCACGCAUUCAAGACCCAUUCAGAUUGCGAGGUCAUCAUGUACCUGUACAAGGAAUACGAUCCCAAGACCAUGUGCAACAUGCUCGACGGCAUGUUCUCUUUCGUGCUUCUUGACACCUCCACUACCCCAUCACGUAUUAUCGCCGCUCGAGACCCUAUUGGCAUCACAACCCUGUACAUGGGCUACCAUUCGUCCGCUCCUGACACUCUCUUCUUCUCCUCCGAGCUCAAAUCAAUACAUGAAGAAUGCGACACCCUCAUCUCUUUCCCCCCGGGACACUUUUACGACUCCCAGACCAAAUCCGUGGAACGAUACUUCCAGCCGACGUGGUGGGACACAGACAAGGGGACUAUCCCGCACAACCCUGUCGACUACACGCUGUUGAGAGAAACGCUUGAGACCGCCGUCAGGAAACGAUUGAUGUCAGAAGUACCGUACGGAGUAUUGUUGAGUGGAGGCUUGGACUCGUCCUUGAUAGCAUCCAUCGCUGCUAGGGAGACGGACAAGCUGGUGGAUGAGCAAGAAAGAUUGAGACAGGAGAGGAAGGAAGCAUUGGCUGCCGGCAGGACACCUGAGUCAGAUGCUCCCCUCGCUUCAUGGCCCCGUCUGCAUUCGUUCGCCAUCGGUCUGCCGGACUCUCCAGAUCUGAUUGCGGCACGCAAGGCCGCUGACUUCCUCGGGACUGUUCAUCACGAGUACACAUUCACCCUGCAGGAAGGCUUGGACGCUAUCCCAGAGGUCAUCUAUCACCUAGAAACUUACGACGUUACCACUGUCAGAGCCAGUACGCCGAUGUACCUGUUGAGUAGAAAGAUCAAAGCGAUGGGCGUUAAGAUGGUCCUGAGUGGAGAGGGCUCCGAUGAGAUCUUCGGAGGAUACCUCUACUUCCAUGCCGCUCCCAAUGCACAGGAUUUCCAUGAGGAAUGCGUCAAGCGUGUGAAAAAUCUUCAUACCGCAGAUUGUCUCCGCGCCAACAAGUCGACCAUGGCAUGGGGGCUCGAGGCCCGAGUUCCUUUCCUGGACAAGAAAUUCCUCGAAGUCGCCAUGAACAUUGACGCUCAGCACAAGAUGUACAGCAAAGGUGCUCAUCAACAAGUCGAUGAGGACGGCAAGCCAAAGAUGGAGAAGUACAUCUUAAGAAAAGCCUUCGACUGCGCUCCCGAUGGCAAGGCCUACUUGCCAGACUCCAUUCUGUGGAGACAAAAGGAGCAAUUUUCCGAUGGCGUUGGCUACUCCUGGAUCGACAGCAUGAAAGACUUUGCAGCUUCCACUAUCUCGGAUGAAAAGUUCGCAGAGCGCGCAUCGAGGUGGUCUCUAGACACUCCCGAUACCAAAGAGGCGUAUUGGAUAAGGGAGUUGUUUGAGAACCACUUCCCGACAGAAGCAGCCGCCAAGACUGCCGUAAGAUGGGUACCUAAACAGGAAUGGGGUGUGUCUUCAGAUCCGUCAGGAAGAGCCGUCAGCAUUCACGAGAGCGCAUACAAGCCUUCCGCGAACGGAGUAUCUCAUUAG